GAGUCAGUGCUGCGAUUCCGCACUCAUCACAGUUCCAUGAUUUCCAUCUUCUGAAUCUGUUCCCUGUUAUUCAUUUGAAAGGCUUAGGGCUUGUUUGGAGAGAGAGAGAGAGAGAGAGAGAGAGAUGGGAGGAGGAGGGCAUGGACAUAGCACGACGUAUAAGGGUGUCACUCUGCAUCAUCCCAAGAGGUGGCAUGUCGUAACCGGAAAAGGCCUGUGCGCCGUCAUGUGGUUUUGGGUGCUGUACAGGGCUAAGCAAGAUGGUCCUGUAGUAUUGGGUUGGCGACAUCCUUGGGAGGGCCAUGAAGAUCAUUCCCAUUGAAAUGGACUUGAAAAAAAUGAGGCAUCCCAUUGAGACGAUAAAAGAGCAUGAAUUGGGUUCUUGGUAUGAAUGUUGCUUGCUUUGACUCAGUUGAUUUUUGUUCAAUAAUGUGAUUGUGAAGAUGAGUAUCUGGAAAAAGCUAGAAGCAAUUCAGUACAUGUCUAAAUUAUAAUCAUGUUUACUGUUUGAGACAGAUUUUACUUCCCAUGUAUGCUGUGUAUUUACUGCUGAAUCUUGUGAUGAAAGAAAUCCUGGCAUGUUUAAUCAAAUGGCUCUGUUUCUUUA